AAGUUCGUGCGCGGAUUCCAUAGCAGGUACACAGAGAGAAACACACAGAAAAAGAAACCCUAAUUUUGUUACUGCUUUUCUUCUUCUUCUUCUUCAAAGAAAGCCCCAAUUCACUCCCCAAAUUGGAACGUUUCAAAUUCAAUUCCAAAAUUUGAAAUCCUAGUCAUUAUUAUCUUUGUGGUGAUUUCGAACGAGAUUGAAAAACGGCGUUUCAAGAUGAUCGUGAGUCAGAAGAUGGUAGCGGAAGCGGAAAUUAUCUGUCAGCAGAGCAUUCCCAUGUUGGACGUGAAGUAUCACCUUUGCGUUGCACAAGAACACAACGUCAAGGUUGAGAUUUCUCCCACCUCACCUUCACCUUCUGUUCCGAUCUUUGGCCAAGCGGUGAGUUGCUCAGAGAUCAUUAAAGAGUCCAUUUUGGAGACCCCUGCAAUGAAUUUUGUCCCAAACGUGCGUUCUGGUAGCUAUGCUGAAAUUGGACCGCGGGUAUCUAUGGAUGAUGAACACAUUCGGAUAGAUAAUCUAGCUGCCCACCUUGGAUUUGUGUUCAAGUACCCAAUACCAAGUGCGUUUUAUGCUGUUUUUGAUGGUCACGGAGGGCCUGAUGCAGCUGCUUUUGUUAAGAGGAAUGCUAUGAGACUAUUUUUUGAAGAUGCAAACAUGCUGCAGUCAUAUGAAACUGAUGAAGUUUUUCUAAAGAAGUUGGAGGAUUCCCAUCGAAGAGCUUUUUUACGUGCAGACCUUGCCUUGGCUGAUGAACAAAGUGUUAGUAGUUCAUGUGGGACCACUGCAUUGACUGCCCUUGUACUUGGAAGACAUUUGCUUGUUGCUAAUGCCGGUGACUGUCGAGCAGUUCUUUGCAGGAGAGGUGUGGCUGUUGACAUGUCACAUGAUCACAGGCCAAGUUAUUUACCAGAAAGCAGGAGAGUGGAGGAGUUAGGUGGAUUCAUUGAUGGUGGAUAUCUCAAUGGUUAUCUUUCAGUAACUCGUGCCCUUGGGGAUUGGGACUUGAAAUUUCCACUUGGUGCUGCAUCCCCUCUUAUUGCUGAGCCAGAUGUUCAACUGGUUACAUUGACAGAGGCUGAUGAGUUCUUGAUCAUUGGUUGUGAUGGGAUUUGGGAUGUAAUGUCUAGUCAAGUUGCAGUUAGUCUUGUUCGCCGAGGAUUAAGAAGGCAUGAUGACCCACAGCAAUGUGCCAGAGAACUUGUCAAGGAAGCAUUGCGCCUACAUACAUCAGACAAUCUCACAGUGAUUGUUAUAUGCUUGUCCCCUGUUGAAAGCAUUGUUGAAUCAUGUCUGCCCCAAAGGCGAAGAUUCAAAGCUUGUAUUUUGUCUGAAGAGGCUCGUAAUAGACUGAAGAGCUUGAUAGAGGGAAAUUGACUGUAAAUGCAAUUCUUGUGAUUCAUAAAUGUUCUUCUCAUUAAAAGAUUAAUCUGUUUUUUUUGGCUGUUUCAGAGUUAGAAAAAAGCAGCCAGCAGUUUUGUAGGGAUAUAAAGGGGGAUAUUUGGUGAGGUGUAGAGGGGGCUUAGAGCUAUUUAAUUGGGAAGCGUUUUUUUGGAUUAUGUAGAGACAAUUGUAGCUAAUUUUUGCGGAUUAGAUCCUGUCCCCAGCACGGCCUUUCCGAUUUUACGUUGUUCUUGCUUCUGUAAAUAGAAAUGAUUUUGGCUUUCCCAGCAUUUCUCUGGGGAUGCAUGCAUGCCACCAGGAUUUAAUACUCAUUUCAAAUUUUAUGGUAUAUUUGAUUCAAUGGCGGUUCGCCUGAGACAUCGAAUAGUUGAGUUCACGUUUGAUUACCUCAUUUUUCUUGUUUGGACAUUCUUUAUUGUUCUCGGGUUCCUCUUGCCUUUAUGGACAAUGGAUAUGCUUGGUCCAUCUUAUCAAUGUGCCUAUGUCAUGGGGAAAUAUCAUCCAUCGGCAUUAUUUGACUAUUAAAAUUUAACACCGGAUGUGGUAUAUAUAAUUUUUAUUAUCU